AAAAAAUUUUAAUAAAUACGGAUAACCUGUCAAAAUACUAGAUUUUUAAAUAAAUAAAUUUUAUAAAAUUAUCUUAUUUUGCUCAUCUAUUUAUUAAUUAAUAAUCUAAUAUGUUUUAUUCCAAAAUAAAAAUUUGUUUUACAAUCAAUUAAAUAAAGUCUUAAGUAGUACUUAAAUUCUUAGAAAAAGAUAGCAUGUGCAUUUCUAUCCGCGUAAACAUAACCUCUUCAUUCUAUUCUAUUAUUUUAUAUUAUUCCAAGAAGAAUAAAUUUUAUUUUUUAUAACUUGCAACAAUUUUUAUUUGUAAAUAACAUUAAAACUUUUUUUGUUAUUAUUUUAUAUUAAAAAUUAUAAAAUAUUCAAAAUUAAAGAAAUCUUAAUAAAUUCUCAUUAUAUGUUAGCUAACUUUUGAUGAUUCGUUGAAAUAAUGCCUAAUUUAUUUAAUGGCGAUAAUUCCGAUUCUGAAAAAGAAUUAAAGAUAAAUACAGAUUAUGCCAAAAAUUAUAAUAAUUGGCGGCAAAAAGAAGAAUUAAACAAAUUAAAAACAAAAUACGGAGAUAUCAAUACAAAUGCAAUAUCGGAUGAAAGUUCUGAAAGUGAAAGUUCUGAAAGUGAAGAAGGAAAUGAACUGACAGAGCAAUUUGAUAAAGACUUUUAUAAGACAUUAGCUCUUUUAAAAAAUAAAGAUCCAAAAAUUUAUAAUCAAGAUGUAACAUUUUUUGACGAUACCAACAAGACACAGGAAUUAUAUUCAGAAAAGAAGAAACAAAAAACUAAAAAAGAAAAAGCUAUUUUUUUAAGAGAUUACGAAAGAAAUAUUAUUGUAGAAAGAGAAGGAAAAUUUAGUGAUAAUGAAGAUGAGAAUACUCAAAAAAAGAAUAAAGAAUUUGAGAAAAUCACAUAUGCUCAAGAGCAGAAACAAUUAAAAGAAAGUUUUAAAAAUGCAUUGCGAGAAGAGGAAGAGGAAGAUGAUUUAUUAAAACCAAAAAUCAAAUCUGAAAGUGAAAAAGAAAAAGAAGAGGCUGAUUAUAAAGAAUGGUUAAAAGGUCAAAAAACAAGUAUAAAUGAAAAUGUACAGGAAGUACUCAAACCUUUACGUGAUUUUUGGAUAAAUCCUAAUUUAGAUGCUAAUGAAAAAUUUUUAAGGGAUUAUGUGCUCAAUAAUAAAUAUCUAGACAAAAAUUAUACAGGACCAGAUGACAUUAGUGAACAUGAAACUUAUGCAAUUCACGACAGUGACGAAAAUUUAUCAGAAGAUGAAAGAAAUAUUGAAAAACAAGAACAAUUUGAACAUAAAUAUAAUUUUAGAUUUGAAGAACCUGAUCAGGAAUUUAUUAAACGAUAUCCACGCACUAUGGAAAAUUCUUUAAGACGAAAGGAUACUCGUAGAGCUGAAAAAAGAGCAGAAGUAAAAAAAAGAAAAGAAGACGAAAAACUAAGAAAGAAAGAGGAACUUAUGCAGUUAAAAGCAUUAAAGAGAAAAGAAAUUGAAGAAAAAAUAGAAACAUUAAGAGAGAUUACAGGAAAUGAUGAUAUACAAUUUAAUAAUCUCGAUUUGGAAGGUGAUUUUGAUCCUACCGAACAUGAUCGAAAAAUGACACAAAUUUUUAAUGAUGAUUAUUAUGCCGUCCCCGAGACAGAUGUUAAACCUGAAUUUCCAGAUAUUGAUGAUCAACUAGAAAUUGAAAAUACGUGGGAUGAUUAUGAUCCAAAUACAGAGAAUUAUGAAGAAGAAGAAUAUAAAGAGCCGCAUUGCGAAGAUGCAGAUUUUAAUAUGGAUGCAGAUUAUGAUCCAUUAAAAAAGAUUCAAAAAGAAAUAGAAGAUCCUAAAAGAAGAAGACGCAAACGAAAAUCUAAAUUUGCAGAACUUAUGGCACAAAAAAAGCCAAAAUUUGAUCCGCAACAAUAUAAAUCCUAUGAAGAAUAUUUUGAUAAGUAUUAUUCAUUGGAUUAUGAGGAUAUGAUUGGUGAUAUACCAUGUAGAUUUAAAUAUAGAAAAGUUGUACCAAAUGAUUAUGGUUUGACUAUGGAAGAAAUAUUAAUGGCUGAUGAUAAAGAACUGAACAAAUGGUGCUCUUUAAAAAAAGCUCUUCAACAUAAGCCAGAUUAUGCGGAACUUAAUGAUGUUCGAAUGUUUAAACAAAAAGCCAAAAAUGAAACACUUAAAAGAAAGAUACUUAGUAGUUUAUACAAAGAAUCUGAAGAUGAAAAAGAAAAAGAUAUAAAGCUAACUAACACUAUUAAUAUGGAAACAAAAAAGAAACCUCAAGAAAAGCAAAAAAAUAUACAAGGAAUAGAAAACAACUUAUCUAUUGCUAAAAUUAAUCAUGAAACAUUAACAGAUAAUAAAAAGCAUGACAUUAAUGAGAAGAAGAUUAUAAAUAAUAUUGAUGAAACACAACAAAAAAAAUCAAAGAAAAAUCUAAAAUCUAAAGAAAAGAAAAAUCAACAAAAACAGUUUGAGCAAUCACAGCAAAAGAAGUUGAAAAUUAACAAUCUCGAAGAAUCUAUAAAUUCUACCAAAAAUGAAAUGCAAAAAGAAGUUACUGAUAAACUUAUUAAUAAAAAAUCUAUGUCUAAAAGAAAACUUAAUGAUCAAAAUCAUAAUGAGUCAAAUGUCAAACAUUUGAAAAAAGAAAAAUUAAAAGAAAAGAUUAUAAAGAAAAAAUUCAAUGAAAAAAAGAAGAAAAAUUUAAAGAACAAAGAAAUCAAUAGUGAUAUUACUUCAUUAAAUCCUGAAAGAUUAAGAAUGUAUGGAAUAAAUCCAAAAAAAUUAAAAAACAAAUUAAAAUAUGGCAAACAGAAGCAAUAGUUAUGAAAUAUUAUAAAUAUAUAUAUAAUUUGUUAUCAAAAUGAAUUGUUUUUAUUUUUUAUAUUUUUUAUAUUUUUUGUUUUUCUUAUAUCAUCAUUGAAAUAAGAGUAUGUAUUUAUUCAAUAUCAAUAAAUACAUCUUCAAAUAGAUAUAAUUCUAUUUUAGGAUAAAUAUUAAACAAAGUAUAGAAUGGAUCUAAAAUUUAAUAUAUUUUAAUAUAUUCCUUAUUGCUUCAUAUUCAGAAUUUCUUUCUACUUCAUUUGUUAUCGGAUCAAACUUUCAUUUAUUUAAAUCUCAAUACUUAUUGGAAAACUCGCAUCAAAGUAUACUAUCCUUUAAAAAAUAUCGGAGAUAAUCAAAAAUGUCUAUAUGUUUGAUAUUAAAGAUUAAAACACAUUGCACUUUUGAAAGAAAAAUAAUGAAAAUAUGAUAAUCGAUAUCUCUGAUUUCAUUUAUCGUUACGCGCCAAAAAUAAGUAUAGAUAAGAAAAACAAAAGU